GUGAAACCAGUGAAAACGAAUAGUUGACCUUCUUGGUGGCCCGGCCCUUCUUCAGAAAACUCUCUCUCUCUCUCUCUCUCUUGCUCGAGGUGGGUGGUUGGUGGGCGUGGUUGGUGGGCGAGCUCUGCCAGCGAUUCCCUUCUCCUCUUUGCAUCUCUCUCUCUCUUCCUCAAGACUCCUUUGCAUCUCUGACUCUACGAUCAGCGAUGGAGAGCGUAGCAUUCAUCUCCAGAUCUUCGCCGCUGUUGCCUUCUCGGGAGCUGCGGCUCUUCUCUGGCGGAGCUGGGAGCACCAUCAUCGGAAAAAGAUCUCGCCUUGGCCUCGUGAUCGCCGCCUCUUCUGCUGAUAAGAACGGGGCUAAUGGCAAGAAGGGAGUGUCUGGUGUUCCUAACACCAACUAUGUUGUUCCUUUUGAUAAGGCCUCUACGCUCACCCGUCCCCUUGCUGAGAUCCUCAGGGAUCUCAAUAAACGUGUCCCUGAUAAGAUCAUCAAUCCUGAUGACAAUUCCAUCGCUUGGUACCAUGUCAAUCGGAUGCUGAGUUUCUAUGCUCCAGGUUGGUGUGGGGAAAUACGGGAUGUUAUAUUCUCAGAGAAUGGAAGUGUGACUGUCUUGUAUCGUGUGACAAUUCGUGGAUCUGAUGGAGAGGCUCAUAGAGAGUCCACAGGAACAGUUUCUUCAAACGAUACUCGGUUUAAUGACCACGUCGCGGCAGCCGAACAAGUCGCCUUCUGCAGGGCCUGUGCUCGAUUUGGUUUUGGCUUGUACUUGUACCAUGAAGAUGAAGUGCUGUAAUUCAGAAUUGUGUACCUUUGUUUGCGCACACCAACAUUUCUCAGUUAGAAUUUUUGUAAUUUAAAUGUAGAACUUCUUGUUUAUGUUUUGCUCCUUUGCUUCUAGAAACAAGCUAUAUUUAUAAAUUAAAUUAAAAAAAUUACUUUAGAA